GAUACCAACACAGUAUCAAACCCAAUCAAACCCACUUCCUGGUCGAGACAUAUUGUGCUGCCAUCAGUUGAGUUUAUAUUGACAUUAAAUCACGUUCCAGAGGAGACGUGGUAAAAUCUUAUUUACAAAUCACAAAAUGUUACACCCGAAAGGUGAAAUAUUAAAAAAAAAACAGCGUAGCGUCUACCGAAUGACUUUUGCUAUGCGAAAUGGCGUCAACGUCGAUGAAAGGCACACGGAAAACAUAUAGUUUUGAAGAACGAGAGAUUCUUAUGAACCUAAUUAAUAAGUACGACGCAGUGGAGGACAGGAAAUCGGAUCCUACGUCCAUGUGUAAAAGGAAGUCGGCUUGGGCUCAAUUAGCCGAAGAAUAUAAUUCCAUGGUUGGCCCAGAAGGGACUCGAUCAGCCGUGCAAUUAAGACGUUGCUGGGAAAACAUGAAAGCUUGCAAGAGAAAUCGAGAAGAGAGGAGUUCUCGUGACCGUACUAGAGUUGUUGGACCAUCUUGGGAGAAUUGUAAUUCUAACCAAACAUCAACGGAAACUCCUUCAAGCAGCGGGAACAUUGGACUUCCUCCAAACGUAGUUUUUGAACCCAAAGCGUCGGAACCUUUUACUCUUCAAGGAGUAUCUGCGCCAAAGACUUCUAAGCUUGGCAUAAAAAAGGAAAUGCCAUUACGAGAUUCAGGCUGUCCGGAUAGUCUGAACUCUUCGAGUUUUUUAUCAGGGCUUCUUCAGCAGCCAGAGGAAGGAAGUAGCGGCAAGCAAUUCAUAGUAAUUUCAGACCCUUUUGGAAAUAAUCGAGAAAGCUCCUCGUCCGUUGGCCCAAGAGAUGAUUGUAGUGACAGAUUGAUUACUGAUCGCGAAUCAUCUGUCGAAGAUAAUCAGGGGGAAAAAGAAGAGCUUGCACGAAAAAAGCUGAUAAACUCCAGAACAUAUCCUACCGACGUCAUGAUAUCGCCUCAAAUUCUUCAAGGAAAAACUCGUAGAAGCACUAAAAGUUCCCAAAGAGAAGAAGAGCUUCACGUACUUGCGCUUUCAGAAGCUCAGAUGAAGGUCGAUAUUGCAGUUAUGCAAAAGGAAGAGAUUCGCGUGAAGCUCGAAGAAGCUCACUAUCGGAAGGAAGAAGCUAGAUUAAGAAUGCUUUUCUUUACGUAUAAACUUGACAGAAUAAAGGAGGAUUAAUUGUUUUCUUUUUUUUUCAAAAUUAUU